AUGCCCAAGGUACUACUGACUGGCGGUUCUGGGUUUAUUGCUGCCCACGUCCUCGAGCUUCUGCUCAAAGGGGGUUAUGAGGUGGUGACGACGGUCCGCUCCGAGACCAAGGCCUCUCAAAUUCGCGCCAAAUAUCCCGGCGCGAAACUCUCGGUAGCCAUUGUACCGAACAUCGCAGUACCCAACGCCUUUGACGAGUUGAUAGCCAACACUCCUGGAAUCGACUACGUACAACACACGGCAUCGCCCUUCCAUUUCAAGUUUACGGACGCUCGUACUGAAUUAUUAGACCCGGCAAUCAAUGGCACAAAGGGUAUCUUCCAGGCCAUUGCCAAGUAUGCACCCAGUGUCAAGCGUGUUAUCGUCACCAGCUCCUUCGCUGCUAUCAUGUCCGAGAACAAGAUGAAUGACACUACAAAAGUCUUUAGCGAAUCAGACUGGAACCCAAGCACGUAUGAGGACGGACUUAAGGGACCUCCCCCCACAUCCUACCGUGUAUCGAAGAAGUAUGCCGAAAAGGCAGCAUGGGAUUUCGUCGAGCAGGAAAAGCCCGGAUUUGACGUCGCUACCAUCUGCCCGCCUAUGGUUUUCGGUCCUGUCGCUCACCACCUGGACUCGCUAAAAGACAUCAACACGAGCGAUCAGCGGUUCGUGGACCUGAUCCAGGGCAAGUGGAAGGAGGAGAUCCCAACGUCUGGCGUCUGGUUGUGGGUAGAUGUUAGGGAUGUCGCGCUCGCUCAUAUUAAGGCUAUGGAGGUCCCCGAAGCGGGUGGCCAACGCUUUUUUACCACUGCGGGCUUCUACGAUAAUGUGCAGCUGGCGCGUGCAGUUCGCAAUGGGUUCCCUGAACUAGCUGACAAGUUGCCUGACGACAACGUCAAGCUCGCCCCGGGUGCUGCAAAACCGGCCGCCACCUUUGGUUACGACAACUCACGCGCCAGCAAGGUCCUAGGCAUCGAUUGGAUCCCUGUUGAGAAGACUGCUGUCGAUACUGUCAAGAGCCUGCUGGAGAUCCCUGCUUGA